CCAAUAAUAAUGUCCGGUGGGCUUAUAGAUAAAGUAUACAUAGGCUUGGACAACGCUCCUACUGCGUUCGACAUAAAAGGACGCAUUCUCGGCCCUAAUGGAACAAAUUUAGAAUAUAUCCGAUCAGAAACAGGCGUACUAGCGACUCUAAAAAGUGAGAAAUUUGAACCUCUACACUUAGUUCUCCAGCACACGAGAUCGGAGUCUCUGACUGCCGCACGGUCGUUGGCGCAGAAUUUAAUAGAGACUAUAAGAGCUGAGUUGGCUCAAUGGAGUGCUGCGCAGGCUGGUGGACCUCCUCCUGCUUUGAAUGUGCCGCCACCUACGCUGACGACUACGAGCGCACCUCCCCCAGUACCUCCUCCCGUUGCCUCUGUCACUUUGUCCACAUCCACAACCAUGACUUCUGCCGCGCAAUCUACAGUCCUCCCUCCUGUAGUCAGUGUUGCUGCCAGUGCCCCCCUUAUGACAGUUCGACAACCAACAGUUCUUCAACUCUUACCUCAGCAACAAUAUGUUCUGAACCAAGAAAAUGGACAGCUAAUACCCAUAGUUCAACCUGGAGUCCAAGUAUCAAAUACAAACUUCACGUCACUACCUAUAGCCCAGCCUUUGGGCAUUCAGCAACCCAAUUUUGGAGCUACACAGAUUGUAGAUUUGUCCAAUAUGCAGCCAGUAAAUGUAACCCAAUUGAGACUGAGUGGAGUGCCAUCUUCCAUGUCUAUGAUCCUUCCUAAUGGAUUGAAUUUCCCUCAAGCCAGUUUAUCAUCUAAUGAUACCACUACUGUCAGUUCAGCUACUGCCACUCCAGUGGUUUGUGCAGCUCAGAGUACAAAUUCAUCACAAAAAAUACUGUAUAGUACUGACAAAGGGGAUAAAGAGGUGAAAUACCACAUCCAAGGGGGUGAGACAGUGCAAUGGACCAUGCCAGGAUCUCAGACAAUGCUUAUUCCAUAUCAACAAUUACAGGACUUUACAUCAAAUCAGACUGGCAUAGCUAACUUGCAGCCUCAGCAGUUUGUUUCUAUUGCUCCAGCAGGAGGUCUCCAACAGACGUCUUUGCCUUUAACAGCAGCUCAGUUACAGCAUUUGCAAGCUACAGGCACUAUCAUGCAACUCAAUCAGAAGCCCAUGGUGAGCAGUGGCUCUCUAAUAAACAUAAUCUCGACAGGACAAGCGUCAUCGCCACAGAUUAUCUCAAAUUCUUCAACACCUACAAAGAUGGGCCAAGACCACAGAGGUCAGAAAAGACUGUCUGACGGAACUCCAAGUCAAUUGCAACUGCGACCCAUUGCGCCAGCUGGGUCGAAUGUAAACCAGGACAAGAGCUCGACGCGCGAUUCACGAUCGUGGACAUCAUCUUCAGGUAUAUUGAAAACUUCUUUAUGCAAAGAUGUAUUUCGUGUCAGUCUUGGUUUGGACGUGAACUAUGCUCACGGUAUCAUACUACUCAUUUCUAGCAGAUUACGUAAUAUUGUUUCGGCGUCAGGAGUGACUCAAGAAGGCACUGGAAUGUACAUACGGCAAAUUGACAGAAAUGCUAUCCAAAUCCAGGCAAGCAAAGAUGGUCAGAAACAAGAGCUAAUGACGAAUAAAGUGCAAAGCACAGCACAAAAUGUACAAAUGAUAACAGUUCCUCACGGGAUGACCGUGCUUCAAAAUCCACUCAACAUAAGCCAAAUGCCGGUGCUUGGACAGCCAAAUAGUCAAGUGUAUAUGAUUCCUGCUAACCAUCCGAAUAUUGUACAAACCGGAGGUUUACCACCAGGUUUACUAGGUCAACAAGUGCUGCAACCUGGGCAAAACGUAACUGUAAUGCAACCCAAUCAAUUGGGAGUUCCUGGCGGAGUACAAUACAACGUGCCAAUAAUGCCUAUGAAUGUACCACCAAACUCUCAUUACAUGCCGAGUAUCAAUUUGAACACGCAGCUAUCUACGCAGCAAAUUAAUGCCGCCUUAGUAGGGCAGCAAUUAAAUAAUCCAAACUUAGGGACAAUCCCUAUUGUCCAGGCUCCCAUGAACAACCCGCCACCUUCAUCACCUAUGACCAACCCACCUCAGAUACCAAUUACACAACCACCACCUGUGCAACAAAUUGUUCCUCAAAAUUCUUUUAUCAAUCCUACGCCAACUUCACAGUACGCUGGGAUGCCUCCACAAUAUAUGCAGAUGCAGCCUAAUUCUGGAACAAUAUCGGUACAGGGAAGUAAUCAAAACAUUCAAUACAGUCUACCUAGCAAUCAAACAGCUAACUCUACAAACAACGGCAGUGGCCAAAGCAGCACUACCAGUGAUAGUGACACAAAUGGGGCAAGCAAUCAAGCUAACUAUAUCUCUUCGUCAUCACAAGACAGUGGAUAUCUGUCAAAUGCAAACACGCAAAAUCCAACACAGCAAAAUUUCGCCAAUGAUGGAACAAAUCCACAAAAUACAGGGUUCACGUCAAACCCACCAGUCACUCAAGCGAAUUAUGGAAGUAAUGGAAACAAUCAAACUCAGGGAUAUGUAAACCAGACGACAACAAAUCAGCCUCCGUCUGCUGAUUACAAUCCAACAAAUGCUUCCAGCCAGACAUCAAAUCAAAACUAUUCCAAUGCACAGAGUGCACCUAAUGCGCAAAAUCAAUCACAGCCUAAUUUCCCUGCGUCGACAAUGCAAACUCCCAACCAACCUUAUCCUAACAUGCAGAGCAUGGGAUACCCACCCAAUCAAAACCCUUACCCCAAUGCAACUGGUCAAAACUUGGCAGCUUACGCGAAUAACCAAUAUCAGUAUCAAACUAGACCAUGGGUCAGACCACGGUAUGGGUCUCCACAAGGGUCCCCGUAUCCAUCUAGCGGUGUGCCAUCAAAUGGUCCGCCAAUGCCAGUUCCUCCUCCUUCGGGCAACUAUAAUUAUUGGCAGGAUAGUUGAUUCGAUCCUCUCGACGGAUUCUUAGAGACUUCUUAGUGCUUAUCAGUACUUCUACUUACAAAAUAAUUUAGGAUCGGAACAUAAUUUACUCGUCGUAUAGUGUCGUUUGUUUGUAGAUAAAACUUAUGUAAAAUCAACAGUUAGAAAAAUGCUUUAUUUCGUUGUAAGAUAGAAUAAGAGACUGCUACAUUGUGUACAAGACAUUUAUAAAAUGUAAAAAGAAUAAAAAUCUAUAGUUAAAUAUAUAAUUGAUAUUUCGU